AGCACACUUACCACUUCCUUUCUACGAACAGUGCAACAGUGUUCAGUGUUCAGUGUCUGUCUGUGUUGAUCGCGACAAACUGGGACUCGAUUUACAAGUUGUCUUAAUUGUGCGGCCCAUUUUAUUGCUCGAUUAUAAUUAUAUUUUUGCACAUAAAGGCUUCGGGAUGCUCUUACGAUAGCAUAGAUACCUUUCUCUGUAAACUCUCCUUCCAGUUGCACAAACCAAUAUGGACGGAUUCGAGGUCGCAUACACUUUAGAUAAUGAACAACAAUUCUGGGAUGAGAUCGAUGACAUCGUUUCUUCGAAGUGUCCGUCGCAUCAAUUCAUUGACAAUGCGCUGCGAUCCUACUUGAAAUUUACAACCAACUUCAAAGACGAAUAUCUGCAAUCAGAGUUCGAAGUUGCAAAAUGUUUACAUAAAUUGAUGCAGAGCGAGCUAUUCGCAGCGAAUAAGGACUAUGUGAGGACUCAGAUCGUCUAUAGUCUUAUGCAGGAGGACGUACCUGCUACGCUACAUGUGAUAGCGAGCUUUCUACUAUUUGAUGGGCGCAAUAAUGAGACAACUUUCGAGAUGAUGAAUAAGGAGGGAUCUUUUCCAAGGUUAUUGGAACUGGUCAAGAAAGGGAAUAGAGAAGACCCAACUUUACAUAGACUACUACUGGAACUUCUAUAUGAGAUGUCGAGGAUGCAGAGGCUUAGUUUCGACGACUUGGGUCAGGUAGAUGAUGAGUUCAUCAUAUGUCUCUUUGAGAUAAUUGAAGAGCUAUCGAACGAUGUUGAUGAUCCUUACCAUUAUCCUGUUAUUCGAGUUUUAUUAGUUUUGAAUGAACAGUAUAUGGUUGCUUCCACAUCAACAUUGGAUCCUUCACAUACCCUCACAAAUCGAGUUGUUAAAAUUCUCAGCCACAAAGGCUCAUCAUAUAUGACCUUUGGAGAGAAUAUUAUUCUUCUACUGAACCGCGAGACUGAAACCUCUUUACAACUUCUGAUCCUCAAGCUUUUAUAUUUAUUGUUUACUACAAAAGCUACCUACGAAUACUUUUAUACUAAUGAUCUUCGCGUCCUACUGGAUGUCAUAAUUCGUAACCUUCUCGAUCUCCCUAAUGAGUUUGUCUCUCUCCGUCACACAUACCUUCGAGUUCUUUACCCAUUACUUGCACAUACACAAUUACAGCAACCACCACAUUACAAGAAACACGAAGUAGUGAAAGUGCUAAGCAUACUCGGUGGAUCGGGUAAUGCACAUUGGGAACCAGCAGACGAAACCACCAUACGACUCGUCGAGCGAGUAGCCAAAGUUCCCUGGCUUCGGGACGACGACAUCAGCGAAGGAGAAGUAGCGCGGAAACUCCUCGGUAUAAGCCUCUCGCCGUCGCAUACCGGUAGCUCGGUAAGUGUUUCGGAUGUAGCUGCCGUUACAGAAAAACCCGGUGUCCAGACACCUAGUCGCAAAGCAGAGAGUGAAAACGCUGCGCAUGAUCACUAUACGCCUGUGACGGCGCCCUCUGAUGAAAUUCCAAAGAAAAAACGCGCGCUGCCACCGCUUCCACCAGCUGUUAGGGCAAUUACUGCUCAAAAGAAAGUACCACCGAUGACGCCACCGAGGAGGAGAACAAGACUUAAGGCUAUGACCACGCAGCCACCUGAAGCGGCGGGGGUUGAGUGAUGGAUCGUGGAACUAUGUUAUGUGUAUUAUUGGCGAAUUUGGAGUUAUCGUGGGGGCAUUGGUAUUAGGAAGGGAAGAGAAGGUCUUUGUUCCUCCGUACAUAAUACAACGGCGUCGGAGUGAGGAGUGCAAGGACGGAUGAGUAUUUACCCACUCAAAAAUUCGGAUUGAAUAGUAGUUAUCCAAAAGUCAAAAGUUGCUAGGCAAGACCAUCAACUUCCAUUUGAAUAUUGAGAGUCUGUAUACAUCCUUCAGGAAGACGAUUAAAUACAAU